AAGGAUAUAUAAUAGACUCUUGCUGCAUCCCGCCAGUCUAUCACCAGAUUCAGCAUAUCACCGCGCUCACUGUACGAUAAAAGCAAUGACUCCCUCGGACAAGGUUUUCAUCCCUGCCCUUCUUCUUAUGGCCAUGUUAUCUAUCAGCCACAGGGGUGUUUCUGCUCAAAACAGAGGCUGUAAGGUUGCGUUGGAUGCAUGUGUACUUGUUGUGUCCAGUGAUAACGCAUCCGCAUGCAAGGGCGGAAUGAGUUGCAUUAAUGAUGUACCCACUUGUACAAAGGAAGAGAAGGAAGAAGCAAAACGAAAAUUAAUUGAAAAAGGAUGUUCCGGUUCUGGUUCUGGAAUACCAAUAAUCAGCGCCAUGAGUCUCUUCGUUGCAGCUCUCUUCCAUAUGCUCUAGUUUUAACAACCAGAUAUAUUUAUCAAUUGAUAAGAGAUUGGUAGUCAAAUGCAGCUUUCAAACAUUUUUGUAUUUUGGACAAAGAAUGUUGCUCUCUUUUAGCUACCUGAUAAAAGUAUCAAAUACUGUUCUCUAAGAAGAAAAAUUCUGUGUACUUACACAAACUUUGUUAUAAUGUUUUGUUUGAACAUUUGUGUAUUGAUUAACAAAAUACUUUUAAAAAUAUAUUUACAUUAUUGGUAAACCACAUCCAACCCAAUCCCUUGGCGAAUUUUCCUGAGGGGUGAAUCAUCUGUUCUUUGAUAUAUCCAAUAUGAACUCAUCUCAGAAGAAAUAUUGCUAAAAUACGAGUAAAAAUCACUAUUAAUUAAUGAACAAUUACAAUCACUGAACUGUUUAUACAAUCUUUUAACAACAUAAAACUCAGAUUAAGCAGCUUUCAGAGUAUAAGUAAAAAAGAUAGCUUUAAACUAUAACGUGGACAUACUGCCUUUUAAUCAUUAUGAAUAAAUGUUCGAGAACAAAUAUCAGACAACGAAUGAUGUUUUACGGACAAUGAACAUAUAAAGAACAUAUUAUGAGCUGUAAAGUCUUCGGUAGAUUAUAGUAGUGAACACUUCAGCAACUUUUUUCUUUGUGUAUUUUUAAUGUGUGUUGUUUCCCCCCCUUUGUUUUGGAGUUUUUCUUGUUUGUUUGGAGCUUUUGCAUGCAUGAUAAAAACAACUUUUUUCAGGAGAUCUCAAAUUUCAUAUUUAUAUUUUAAUUUUAAAUAUCUGUAUAUUGUUAAUAUUUUACAUGUACUUUCUUUUCAAUUAAUUGCGUAAAUUAUUAAUUAAUUACUCUGUAAAAUUAAUUAUGUUUAUUUUUUUCAAACAAAAUUAAAUUAUAUCAGUCUGCCAUAAAACAUGCCCUACAGUGAAAUCUUUAUUUUGAAAAUUGUAAAGUGUGUUUUUUAAACAUGAAAAUGUUCUUAGACAUUAGGGAUACCUUCAGAAUACAUGAAACUGAAUGAACACAAAUGAUUUGUUUUGUAACAUACAGAAUACCUGUUUCGACGACGUACGGAAAUUCAAUUAGCACUCAUACCAUACACUUUUCUGGGAUGGAAAUAAACAAAUGAUUAUACUUAU